AUGGAACCACUACUAGGAGCAAAAAUUGGCUGCCUAUUUGCCCUGCUGGUGCUCACUCUGGUGUGUGGCCUUAUUCCCAUCUGCUUCAAGUGGUUCCAGACUGCUACAGCCACAGGUUGUCACCGCCGGAUCCUCAGUUUCCUGGGCUGCACAUCUGCUGGUGUUUUCCUGGGAGCAGGGUUCAUGCACAUGACUGCUGAAGCCUUGGAGGGGAUUAAGUCAGAGGUCCAGAACUUGGUGAUACAGAACAGGACAAAGAGUGAGGGGCAUUCUGAUGAUGAUGCUGAUUCAGCUUAUAUGGAGUAUCCCUACGGAGAGCUCGUCAUCUCUCUGGGCUUCUUCCUUGUCUUCCUUUUGGAGUCGCUGGCAUUGCAGUGCUGUCCUGGGGCUGCUGAAACACCCAAAGUGCAGGAGCAGGAACUGGGUACAGCUCAUGAGCUUGAACCUCACAGCCACGGACUUCUACCCUCACCCUCACGGGGUCCCUUUCGAGCCCUCAUCCUCUUGCUCUCACUCUCCUUUCACUCCGUGUUUGAAGGUCUAGCUGUGGGGCUGCAGCUCACAGUCGCAUCAACUGUGCAGCUCUGUCUUGCUGUCCUGGCUCACAAGGGGAUCGUGGUGUUUGGCGUAGGACUGCGGCUGGUGCAGGUAGGCACUGAGUCACAUUGGGCCGUGCUCUCCAUUCUGUCUUUAGCUCUCAUGUCCCCCCUGGGCCUAGCCAUAGGGCUGGCCGUGCCUCAAGGAGACUCUAAAGCUGGGCAAGGUUUGGCACAGGCUGUGUUAGAAGGCAUGGCAGCUGGUACAUUCCUGUAUGUCACCUUCCUGGAAAUUCUGCCCCGGGAACUUGCAAGUCCUGAAGCCCCUCUGGCUAAGUGGAGCUGUGUAGCUGCUGGUUUUGCGUUUAUGGCUGUCAUUGCCUUGUGGGCCUGA